CCCUACCGAUGCAUGGGCGUGACAAGUAUUAUAGUUUCCAUUACGUACUUGGCCUACGUGUAUAGUUCUUUAAUUCAUUUUUAUUUAUUAAGUCUAUUUACUCGUCUACUAGCAAAUUUUCUGUGUUUAAAAAAAAAAAAAAAUCAUAGGUUCUUGUUUGGGUAGUUACAAACACAAAUGUGUGUGAGAGGGGUAAAAGUCAGCGUUGGAGACUUCGGAGGCGUUCACUGGCGUGCGACGCAGACGGAUUCAUCCGAAGGUGAGAUGAGUUGAACCAGAUAACAACCACAUGCUUCCUGCUCUUAUCACACGGACUGUAUCUGCACAGGGGCCAGACACACACACACACACACACACACACACACACACACACACACACACACACUCCCAGCCCACGCAGGGCCUUUGACGACUCAUUCAGUACAUGCUGUCCUCUGGUUUUUAACAUCACCAUGACGACCCUCACAAGAACAAGUUAGAAGUUCCCUCACAAUAAAUUUAAAGACACGCUUGAAAACUGACUGAAAUGCUGAAGGACGGAGAUUGUUUUUAGUUUGAAAACCCAAUUUUGAAAGGAAAACGUAUCAGUGUGGAUGGACCCUCAGAACCUAUAAGUGUUUAUGGACCUUCAGAACCUAUGGGUGUUUAUGGACCUUCAGAACCUGUCAGUGUGGAUGGACCCUCAGAACCUAUAAGUGUUUAUGGACCUUCAGAACCUAUGGGUGUUUAUGGACCUUCAGAACCUGUCAGUGUGAAUGGACCCUCAGAACCUAUAAGUGUUUAUGGACCUUCAGAACCUGUCAGUGUGGAUGGACCCUCAGAACCUAUAAGUGUUUAUGGACCUUCAGAACGUAUCAGUGUGGAUGGACCCUCAGAACCUAUGGGUGUGGAUGGACCUUUAGAACGUAUCAGUGUGGAUGGACCCUCAGAACCUAUAAGUGUUUAUGGACCUUCAGAACCUGUCAGUGUGGAUGGACCCUCAGAACCUAUAAGUGUUUAUGGACCUUCAGAACCUGUCAGUGUGGAUGGACCCUCAGAACGUAUCAGUGUUUAUGGACACUCAGAACCUAUGAGUGUGGACGGACCUUUAGAACGUAUGAGUGUGGACGGACCUUUAGAACCUGUCAGUGUGGAUGGACCCUCAGAACCUAUGGGUGUGGAUUGACCUUUAGAAUGUAUCAGUGUGGAUGGACCCUCAUAACCUGUCAGUGUGGAUGGACCCUCAGAACCUAUGGGUGUGGAUGGACCCUCAGAACCUGUCAGUGUGGAUGGACCCUCAGAACCUGUGGGUGUGGAUGGACCCUCAGAACCUAUGGGUGUGGAUGUACCCUCAGAACCUGUGGGUGUGGAUGGACCCUCAGAACCUAUGGGUGUGGAUGUACCCUCAGAACCUGUGGGUGUGGAUGGACCCUCAGAACCUAUGGGUGUGGAUGGACCCUCAGAACCUGUGGGUGUGGAUGUACCCUCAGAACCUGUGGGUGUGGAUGUACCCUCAGAACCUGUCAGUGUGGAUGGAACCUCAGAACCUAUGGGUGUGGAUGGACCCUCAGAACCUGUGGGUGUGGAUGUACCCUCAGAACCUGUCAGUGUGGAUGGAACCUCAGAACCUAUGGGUGUGGAUGGACCCUCAGAACCUAUGGGUGUGGAUGGACCUUUAGACCUCUCCGGCCCGCGCCCGUUGAGUGACAGCUGCCGUCUGAAUGAUCGAUGGUGACGAUUGAACCGGAUCUUCUAGAUGUCGGACGCCGCUGAUGAUUCACCGCGAGGUCUUUUGUUCGAAAAGAAGUCGUCUACAAAACGCAAUAGAAGAAAAGUAUCACUAAAUAAAUUUUGAAUGGAUGUCUUUUGUAUAGUUUUAUUUUUGUAAGGUGAUAUUCUUCUUGUUCAUGUUUACAGUAUCACACACAUGUCAGGUUAAGGCCUCAGUGGGUUUGUAUUGAAAAACAGACGUUUACAGCGUGAAUGCUUGAUUCUUUAUGAAUGGCGUGAACUUUGACCUCAAAUCAUUUCGGAGGGUUUCACUUGGGAGGUGAUGAUGGACUUCUUCCAUCUGUUGGGAAAGAAGCGUGCCCCGUUGUGUGUUUUCCCCGAGCAGGUGAUGUGAAGGUGUCCAGGUGUGUUUCUUGGGGGACGGACAUUCCUGCCGCCGCCCUCCACUUUGGACCGGUGCGGUCGAGAGGAAACAGGAAGCGGCGCCUUCGAGAGGGUUAGCAGACCAACGGGCCGGCCGGAAACAGACGGGAAGGAGCAGGAAGAAGACAGGAAACACACAUGGGGGGGUAACAAUGUGUCCAAAAAAGGCCUCUCUCUCUCUCUCUCUCUCUCUCUCCCUCUCUCUCUUGCCCCCCCCCCCCUAUCUCUCUCUCAUUGCAGACAUUCCUCGCCGGCCGUCUCUCCUUCUCCAAACAUCUGUUCAGACGCCCGUCAGAACAAGACUCAGGGACGUGUGCAAACUCGCCGGCCGAUUCUGUAUUAUUAUUAUUAUUAGUUAUGGAUUGAGAGUCCCUGAAAGCUGCAGGUCUGCUGAGACCCCUCGACUCCUUUAAAUCCAGAUUGAAGACCUUUCUGCUUGCUGUCGUCUUUAAUUGAACCAGAUUCAAGGAUAUCCAUCAACUUUUAUUCCAUUUGUUGCUUUUCGACUGUUUUAAAUGUUUUAAUGAAUGUUCUUAAUUGUAAAUCUAAAUGUUUUGAUGCUUUUAACGUUUUUUUUAAUGAGACGCACGUUGAAUUGCCUUCUUGCCAUCGAGGACUUGUGUCAGUGCCAACAAUAUUCAAUUCAUCCCACCGUGUGUUUUUAUGCUCAUUGUAAACUCGGCACGCCCCUUGAUAUGCAUUUCAGGGUCAUUUACAUUCCCCACAGCUCCAUUUGCAUCAGGACCACAACAUUAUCAUAACAUUAUCAUAUCCCGUUCCCCGACCGGGUUUCUCUUUUGUAACGGUCCUCGCUGGCUAAUUAGUCGCUGAUGGUUUCCCCAUUGAAAGCCUUCCGGUUGUUUCUUCUUCUUCUUCUUGGGGCUUUUAAUGUGAAACGACUUCAGGAAGUGCUCAGGAGUCUUCAGCCGUCAGUUUCUUGGACCUUUGUCACGUCGGUUUCGAACCACUUCAUCGGGAGACUAAUCGCUACAAAUUAGAGAAGUGAAUGCGAACACAGUUUAUGACUAAUUGUUUUGCAUAGCAACCGGAGUAAAUACUGGACCCCUUUUUUUUCAUAAGCCACACAUCUGCAAAACAUUCAGACAAUUGAAUGUUUUUUUCUUUGAAAAACACAAAUCAGGAGAAGAUGUCCUCAGUUCGAGACCUUUCUCUGGCGAUUGACGGCCAGACUAACUGGUUUUGCGAUGCAAAAUAUGUCUGUUAGCCGUGUAAAAGAAAAACAUAUAAAUACAUCGUGAAGCUAUUACCUAUCUGUUUUCAUCCAUCCACACAAUGUUUUAAAAGUAACGGCAUAACUUGAUCAAACGCCCUCCGCUGGGCGUCUUUUAGAAUCAGGAUUCAAUCAGUGCAAAUGUGCAGAUGCUGAAUGGGUCUUCAUCUCUACAUUGGAAACAACCCGGAAAAAUUAAAAACAGGAACGUUGGAGUGCAA